UCGUCUCACAAGCUGCACCUCGACGUCGUGUGAAAGCGGCUACAGAUCGACAUCGCUGCAGCAGAGCUCAUUUCAGGCAUUGAUACGCAGCUUUAGUCACACUUGCGCUGUGCGAGCCAAAGCGCUGCAACCGCUGCACGCCUUGCAAGCACCAUGGCCCCAGCAGCCUGGCUGCUGCUUGCCGCCGGCGCGAGCGCCCUCGUCGCGCCCGUGCGACGACGACGAGCCACGACGACGCCGCUGCAAGCGUCUACAGCCAGGGACGUCCUCUGGACGCCGAACGCGGACUACGUCACGACGACGGCCAUGGACCGCUUCCAACGGGCCAUGAACAUUGAGGGCACUUACGAGCAGCUCUGGGACUGGUCCGUGAGUGAACCGGACCAGUUCUGGACGCAGUUGCAGGACUUCCUGGACGUUGAGAGAGAAGGUAGCGAUACGCCAGCGAGAGAGGGAGAAACGAUGCCCGACGUGCAGUGGUUCCCUUCCUCAAAACUGAACUUCGCCGAGAAUUUGCUGCGGCACGGGAAAGGCCCAUUGGCGAAUGAAGAAGCGGUGAUCACGGUCUCCGAGGGCAUGGGCCGCAAGGCCUGGACCUUUGCUGAAUUAAGGCGAGACGCGGGCCGCGUCCAGCGCGCGUUGUCGAAGUUAGGAGUCAAUGAAAAGGAAUCUUGCGGCGCCUACAUCGCGAAUGUGGGCGAGGCUGUGGUCGCCAUGCUCGGCGCCACGGCGACGGGCGCGACGUGGACGUCGUGUUCGCCGGACUUUGGGGCGAGGGCCGUCGCGGACCGCUUCGGCCAGGUCGGUCCUAAGGUACUUUUUGCGUCGGACGGUGCGUGCGUCGGCGUCCCUUCGUUCGACGCCGGGGCGCGGUCGCGUCGAUGGCGUGCUGGCGCCACCGCGACGCCGUCGUAGAUCGGGCCCCAUCGAACCCUAAAACACGCAGGCUUCGUCAGCAUGGGCAAGAGCACGUCGACCAUCGACAAGGUCUCCGAGCUCGCCAAUUCAUUACCUUCGGUGGAAAGAGUUGUGGUCAUCUCCUCGUCUGGUAAAGAGUUCGACGCGUCCGAGUGGCCCGCAUCGAUACGAGACAAAGUGAUAGGCUGGGAGGCCUUCCUCGACGGCGGCGACGCGGACCCCGUCUUCACGCGCGUCCCCUUCAGCCACCCGCAGUUUGUACUUUAUAGUUCGGGCACGACGGGGAUGCCCAAAUCAAUCGCCCACGGCUGCGGGAACACGUUGUUGCAGCACGGCAAGGAGCUGGUCUUGCACGGCGAUCUCAGGGAGGGGGACAAGAUGCUGUUCUACACGUAUCUACCGGCGUCCGAGUAUCGUUCUGUGAAUCGAUCGGUGAGAGACCACACCUGGCGUCGCGUCGAUGGCGUGGAGGCCGCCGACGCGAGACUCACGCGCACCCGCGACGCAGGACCUGCGGCUGGAUGAUGUGGAACUGGAUGGCGUCGUCGCUCUUUGCGGGGGCCUCUAUUGUCUGCUUCGACGGCUUCGCGGCCUACCCGAAGCUCGACGCGCCCUGGUCCUUGGUUGAGUCAGAAGGCGUCACGCAUCUGGGCACCUCUCCUCGAUACUUCCAAGCGUGUCGAGCGCGUGUCACACCGAAAGAGUCGCACGACAUGAGCAAACUACGAGUCGUGUUCUCCACCGGAAGUCCACUCACGGACGAGGACUUCCGCUACGUCUACGCCAAGGUUAAAUCAGAUGUGAUGUUGGCAUCAAUCUCGGGAGGCACGGACAUCUGCUCGUGCUUCGCGCUCGGGAAUCCUACUUUACCUGUUAGGGUCGGGGAAUUGCAAGCGUUUGGAUUGGGCAUGGACGGCCGGGCCUUCGAUCGAGAUUCGGAGCAAUUCGUCGUGGGCGAGAAGGCGGAGCUCGUCUGCGCCACUCCCAUGGUCCCGGCGCCGGUCUGCUUCUACGGUGCGGUCGCGGCGUCCCCUUCACGCCGUCGCCGCGUGUCGCGACGGUAUCGGUCACACGCAGGCGACGACGACAACAAGUCACGGUACCGGGGCGCGUAUUUUGACGGCGCGCCGGGCGUCUGGUACCACGGCGACUUGGUGGAGGUUACGGGCUCUGUCGGGUCUGCCGGUGGUGUGGUGGUCCACGGCCGGUCAGACACGACGCUGAAGCCUGGAGGCGUGAGAAUAGGCACGGCCGAGGUCUACCGCUUCGCCGAGGAGCACCCCCUGGUUGAGGACUCUUUAGUUAUUGGAGAUCAAUUGAAAACAGGUAAACGGGCUGGGGACGUGCGCAUCGUGUUAUUCGUGAAAACGAAAGACGACAUCGAGCUCACAAAAGAGUUAGAAACGGAGAUCAAGAGGACGAUCAAGGAAGGGGCUUCGGACGCCCACGUGCCGGCGCUCCUGAAGCAGGUCAAGAAAAUUCCCUAUACUCGCUCCGGGAAGAAGGUCGAGUUGGCAGUCAAAGAUUUGAUUUCAGGCGUCGAGCCGAAGAACGUGGGAGCGCUCGUCGACGCGUCGGCGUUUGACGAAUAUCGAGAGAUGGCGCUCACGUGGAAGUCGUAAGGAUAGGUUUCGGUA